AUGAUUGACGAAGUACCUCAGCCUGAGGAAGUAAAGGCGCAGUCCCAAUUGAUCCUCCUCCCCAUCCGCUGCCUGAGCCGCGCCGGGGCUGCCACAUCGGCACGGCCGCUCCGCCGGGCGCUUCCCGGAGCCGAGCGGGAGAUGGGCGGCCGGCCGAGGGGAGGCAGCGCGAAGGCAGCGGCGGCAGCGGCGGCGGCGGCGGCGGCCGAGAAGCAGCAGCCGAAGCGCGGCCCCUUCCCUCCCGCCCUCCCCGCUGCCGCUUCCCCGCCCCCGGCCGGCCCUCGGCCGGGCUCCGCCGCCCGCAGCGGGCCAUGGCGGGGCGAUGAGGGAGCGGCCGCCCCUGGCCGCGGGCUGCGCGGGGAGGCGGGGAGCGGCGGAGCAGGAGGAGGAGGAGGAGGCGGCGACGGCUUCGUCCCGGCGGAGGCGGCGGGGGCCGGCGGGCUGCUGCUGGGGCCCUACGGCGAGCAGGGCGGGCUGGCGCCGGCCGAGCUGCUGCUGUGCCAGCUGCCCGAGGCGGGCGGCGGAGGGGCCGGGCUGGCCGAGGCCCGGGGCUGGCGCUGCUCCUGCUGCCUGCUGGGCACCUGCUGGUGCAAGAGCUGCCUCGGCGUGUGCGUGCUGGCCGCGCUCUGCUUCGCCUCGCUGGCCCUGGUGCGCCAGUACCUGCGGGACCUGCUGCUCUGGGCCGAGAGCCUGGACAGCCUGGCCGGAGUGCUGCUCUUCACCGCCGGCUUCAUCGUCGUGUCCUUCCCCUGCGGCUGGGGCUACAUCCUGCUCAACGUGGCCGCCGGCUACCUCUACGGCUUCGUGCUGGGCAUGGGGCUGAUGGUGCUCGGCGUCCUCGUCGGCACCUUGGUGGCCCACGUGGCCUGCAGGCGGCUGCUGGCCCGCUGGGCGCUGGCCAGGAUCCAGGGCAGCACGACGCUCAGCGCCGUCGUCCGCGUCGUGGAGGGUGGCAGCGGCCUCAAGGUGGUGGCCCUGGCGCGGCUCACGCCCAUCCCCUUUGGGCUGCAGAACGCCGUCUUUGCGGUUACAGAUUUGUCACUACCCAGCUACUUAAUGGCUUCUUCAGUUGGGCUGCUUCCUACUCAGCUCCUGAACUCAUACUUGGGCACUACCUUGCGUACCAUGGAGGACGUGAUUGCAGAACAAAGUGUUAGUGGCUAUUUUAUAUUCAGUUUACAGAUUGUAAUCAGCAUAGGACUUAUGUUUUACGUUGUUCACCGAGCUCAAGUGGAACUGAACGCGGCUAUUGUAGCGUGUGAGAUGGAAAUGAAGACAUCUCUUGUUAAAGACUGUCAACCGAGCAUCGGUGGUUCAACUACAUACUGCAACAAAAGGACAGUGGCGUUCUCUGGGGGAGGUGUCAAUAUUGUGUGAUUUUAAGUAUUAAUAAAGUAAGGUUUUGUGAACCUAAGCUAUUGCCUAGAAAUACCUAUGGACAAUUCAACUAGCUUUGAAAAAAAAAAAUUCAAAUGGUUACAGGUUGUACUAUGGCACAAACCAACUGACCAGCUCUUGAAUUGCACGUGGAGUGACUUCUAGCAAAAAACGGAAGAUGGUGAAGUAACUUCAGAUGUAAAUGCAAGUCUAGCUGCACCUUUGGUCAUUUAUUAUGCCUAUCAUGGCCUGUAGUCUGCACUUUAGUUUUUUUUGUUUAUUUUCUUUGCUUCUAUAAACUGAGAAAUGCUUCUAUAAACUGAGAAAAGUAGCACAGAGAUAAAUAUUUUUCUGCUUAGCAUUAUUUAUAAGGCUGAAUAAUUAUAUGCAGUAGAACUUUAUUACUGAUAAAGAUGAAUGAGAAAGUACGCAAUUCAAUGUACGUUAUCCUUGAAUGUGCUUUUGCUUCCAGACCUUGGAGUGUAUUAUUUUGCUAAUGAUGGGACCAUUUGGCUUUUCCUUCAUUUCUGACUGGGGGGGCAGGGGAAAGAGAGAACCCUAUAUAAAAUUUUGGUUGAAUGUAUUUUUGUAAGUCAUUGAAAAUGUUGCAGAGCCAUGCAUAUGUAUUCACACAAGCUUAAAUCCUACAUUGUGGGACUGAAGUGCUCUUAAAUAACAUUUUAAGUUACACUGUGUAAUAUGCAAAGGAAAAGGGAAAAUGCAGAAGUUAUAAUAGAUUGCAGUGACUAGCACUAUUUGAAGGAAACUUCAUGAAUUAGCUAACUGUUGAAUUGGUUUUACCACCUUGGUGAUUGUAACAAAGGGCUGUUCCAUGUUAAUCCUAUUUAUAAGUAUUUUUGAUUGAUGUUUUUCAGCUCACAUACCUGCAUAUAAUAAGGCUUCCAGAAUAGGGAGCUAAAUCUAUCCUUCAAACAAAAAUUAUGAGAUAUAACACUACUAAUCUUACAUGAAGGUGGCCUUUAUUUUAUAAGUAAAUCCCUCCCUCCCUUUAAAAAGCUUUAAAAAUUCAGUUGGUAUGUUUUUUUCUAAAAGCUUUACUUUUUUUUUUUUUUUUUUAAAGAUGCAAUCUAUUAUAUAUUUCAUCACAGUGAAGAAAUGAAAACUAGAGGUUUUCUUUGGAAAAAUAAAUAAUCCAGUAAUGGAGGAGGACAGUAAUGUCUCUGAGACUCAGGAAUUCUGACUCCAUUUUUGCAAGACAACACUGUAUUGGAUAAUGCUCCUUUUAUGCGUGCUAUGGACUGUUUUUCACUGCAUUUGAACAGACUGGAUAACCUGAUAAUAAUUUCUGUGUGUGUGUAUGCAUGUAUGUCUGUGUGGGCAAAAGCAAAACAAUAAUGCCUGAAGGUGACACCUUGUGUGUGUGAGUUUCCUGUAGAUAUACACACCAAUGUUCAAUUGCUCAAACACACACAAGUCAUCUGACACAACAAUAAUGUAUUACUUAUUUUGUAGUUAUUUUUGUGUAAGUUUUUGAGGAUGCUUUCAGUCUUUGUGUUAUUUUCUAACAAAACAUGACUGUGCCUCCUUUUUGUAAGGCUGUUUGUAGGGUCCAAGCAUUUUUGUCUUGUUGAGAAUAGCAAGAGAACAGCAUGUCUUCAAGGUAGAUGGGAAGCAGAGAUUUUAUAACCUGUGGCAGUCUUAUUGUGAGGACGUACAGUACGUGGAUAACUUGACAGCUAAGCAUUCCUUGGUAGUAAAAUUCAAUUUUGUUAUUUAAAUGUGUAUCCUUUGCAGACGGCUGUUCUUGGGCCUUGUGACCUUAGGAACUAAACUAGUUAAAUAACAAAGUUCAGAUUGUCUCCCUUUUUGUUUGUUUUUUAAAAAGACAAUCUGUAUAUACCUGGAAGUGUUCAUUUACACAUCUCUGCCUCUGACAGCUCCUGUGUGAAAACAAGAGAGCCAGAUAACUUUUGAUGGCGUUAUUUGUCAUCACAGUAUGAUUGAGCCCUUUCUUAACUAAACUUUUUAAAAAUGUUUUAUUCCUUGGAGUUGAACAAUCCUUGAAUAAAUGAACUGAUCUGAAUUUUGCUCUGUCUCGCUAAAUCAGUGGUGGUGUUAUGAAGAGGUUUUCUCUUUCCGUUUUUUUAACUAACUUAAGGUUGUGUUGACUAUUCAAGAACAUUUCCCAAAUAUGUAUUUUGAAGUGCUUUUAUUUCCAUGACACUUUGUAACCAGAGUAACUUCACUAUGUGAACACUUUUGUAGUAUGGAACUAGUUCUUAAGACUUUUACAUUUUGCUUGAUACUUGUAAUAUUUGUGUACAAGUUAAUGGGAAAUGUGCAUUAAAAGGAACUUUUCUGUACCAUGCCAAUCAUAAUUUUAUACAAUAAAUUGACUCCAAUUUCUUUAAA